AUGACAGACGAAAAGAUCUUACUUGAAGCAUUGACAUCAUCAGAUUUCAAAGUAUCAAUUCAUGACAAGAAACGAACAGAUGCGGAAGCAACAAAAAUGGUCAUAGAAAAUAAACAACAAUUGGGUGAGCAACUUGAUAUCGACGCUAUCAACAAGAAAAAUGAUGAUAGAGAAUCCUUAUUAACUAUUUAUAAAAGUAUGCCAAGUGAACAACAAAAGAAAGUUAUUGAAAUAUUGAAACAAUCUGGUUUGGCUGAUCCAUUAACAAAAGAAAACAUUGUACAAAAUGCUUUUACUGUUGAUAAAACGAUUCGAGAUAACGCAUAG